AUGAUUUCUAAGGCUAACCGAGACGUGCAGAUAAAAGUGCAACAGGCAUACGAGUCUUACAGACAAGCGAGCCUGGCAAGGUCUCUUGCAUCCAUGACACUGGCAGAUGGCAAGGCGAAGAUCAUACCCAGCCCUGCCCUUGUUCAGUAUCUCUCGCAUACUGCACUUACCAGCGGGCCUAAGGAGAUUGAGAAGCACUAUAGAGACGAGAGUGUCAACUGUAUGGUGAUCUGGGCUCGUCCAAGCCGAAAGAUCCUCGAGCUCCUGCUUGGAUUACAGAACAGGCUUAAAGAUGUAGUGGGAACUGAGUCUUCUCGGCUGCAUUUAUCAGUCGUUGAGAUCUCGCAUCGCCAUCCAAUGGCGCACCUGUGGUCCGUGUUCAAACAGAUUGGAAGACCGUUAGUCCAGGAAAUGCUGGACCUCCCAGCCUCCCAUGCUGCGUCUCAUUCAAGGGUUGCUCGUCUCGGAAGGCCGAUGCUUUUGUUCGACGCUGCUGGAGUAGCCAUCGCCUUCGUUCCAGUAGGGACUGACCCCUAUACCUAUCACCAUUUAAGAAGAGACCUCCAUAGCAUGGCCAUUAGCAGUGGAGUCAAAACAGACACAUGCUACACUGCCUGUAUGGGACAUAUCACGCUUGGUCGUUUUAUAUCCACGAAGCACUUUGAUUCAGACAAUGUGGAAACGGCUCAAGAGCGGCUCAGAGUCUGGAUGGCUACGAUCCAAGAUAUAAACGAAGAACUAAGGCAAAGCUAUCAGGCAGCAGACUGGGAAUGGACAGUUGGUGAGGAGAAGGGACUGGAACUCCAGAUGGGAAUGCUCAAAUUUGGACGAGAUACAGAAGAGGCUGAGAUAGCUGGGCGGAGUUUUGGAGGUGAAGCGACAGCAUCGACGAAGGCUAACUAG